GAUGAGUAUUUCUGCUUGGUAUAAAGGCGUAGCUCACAGAUGCUGCUCACAGUUAUCAGAGAAUGAACGACAGCAUGAAGCUCUACGUCCUUCUAGCUCUCAUCGGUACUGCCUUGGCGGCUUCCGGCAUUCCUGACCGAUGUCGACUGCCAGCACACCCUGGAUUCUGCAAAAUGCCCUGGCUCAGGUGGUGGUUCAACGCGGAAACAAACCAAUGCGAAGAGUUCUACUUCGGCGGAUGCAGCGGAAACGCAAACAAUUUCCAAACCAAGGAGCUCUGCGAAAAGACGUGCAUGGGAGAUCAAGAUCAAAAUAACCAACGACAUCGCAGGGCCAUCAGUGACGAGAAAGGGCCUAUAAAUUCAUUCAGCGGAUCUGUGUGUCAUAGGCCACCGUACAGCGGUCCCUGCAGGGCAGAUUUUUCACGGUUCUACUUCGACGCCAGCUCGAACUCGUGUCGCACGUUUGUCUACGGUGGCUGCAAGAGCAACGGCAACAACUUCCAGACCGCGAGUGAAUGCAUGCAAGCUUGCGGAGCACGAACGGCAUCCUUUCCGAAGCCACGAUGAGGCAGGGGUCAAGCAUAUCUGAAUGCUACCAAUGAAAGUAAAAGAAGAAUCAAUAGAACAUGUACUAUCAUGGUAAAUAUUUAGUGGUGUGAUUUUUUUC